AUGGAAACCGCCCGCCUGCUAGCCGGCAGCUACCACAGCCAUGGCCGCUGGGGAGCCCGGGGCUUCAGGCGGUUACUGCUUCAGGUUCCUGCCUCAGAGGACCUUCGCCUCUCUGAGCGCCCCGGAGACCACCGGCCGGCUCCGCCAGUGGUCCAUGCUGGGCAGAAUCAAGGCGCAGGCGUUCGGGUUUGACCAGACCUUUCGGGCCUAUCGCAAGGAGGAGUUCGUGCUGGCUUUUUUCAAAGACCCAAAUGUUAUUGCAAACUUGGAGUUACUUUCAGAUUCUUCUGGACAGUGGAUGACAUUAGGAACUGAAGUGAAAAACGUUGAGGCCACAGGUGUUCCUUGCACACAGCUUUCAAUGUCGUUUUUUAAUCGGUUAUAUGAUGAAAACAUCGUACGAGAUACUGGACAUAUCAUUAAGUGUUUAGAUUCUUUCUGUGAUCCAUUUCCCAUUUCUGAUGAGCUACGGAAAGUUUUAUUAGACGAAGACUCAGAAAAAUAUGAAGUGUUCAGCAAACCGGACAGAGAUGAGUUCCUGUUUUGUCUUUUUAAACAUCUGUGCCUUGGUGGAUCCCUUUGUCAGUAUGAAGAUGUGCUUGGUCCGUAUCUGGAAACAGCAAAGCUUCUCUACAAGGACCUAGUGAGUGUUCGGAAACAUCCUCAAACCAAGAAAAUACAAAUUACUUCUUCUGUCUUUAAAGUUACAGCCUAUGAUUCUACUGGCGUGUGCUACCCUUCAACAAGGAGUCACGAACAGACGUUUUCGUAUCUUAUUGUGGAUCCUAUCAAGCGUCAUGUUAACGUUUUGUACCAUUGCUUUGGUGUGGGGGAGAUGUCUUGAUGUUCUUUUGUUUUAUCUAUAUCUACUGUGUUUUAUCAUUUUUGUAUUUUAAUACUAACUCAGGGACAAAUAUUUACUUUGUAGAUGAGUUGAAGUAAAACAUAAAGAGAUGCUUAGGAAUGAAAGAAAACACCAGGAUGCCUUUGUCAAAAUUUGUCUGGCUAACAAAUUUUUAUUCAAAUAGGAAUCCCUAAGAUAAUUGAUAGGUGAAACAUUGUGAAAUUUUUACAGAAAGUCUCAUUCAUCUUUGGUCAGAUGAGAAGCCAAAUGGCACACACCCCUGUAAUCCCAGCCCUUGGCUGGCUGAGGUGGGGAGGCCACUGAGUGCAGGCUGCAUGGACUGUGCACAGGCCUGAUGUCAGCCAACGAAGGCGGAGGUGGGGGCACCAGGGCAGGGCGGGGGGAUGCGCUCCAGUAGAGCACCGGCCUGGCAUGCCGCACUCCAGCAUGGCCUCUCCCCAGGUUUCCAGGGGAGCUGGCAGAUUUUUAUGUUAGGGGCUGGGGCGUAGCUCAGGGCUCUAAGUGCCUGCCCGAUGAGCUUAAGGACCCAUUUUUUUCUUUUCUUUUU